AAAAACCAUUAACACGAUCUUCUCUUUAUGUGACACUUUUUUUUUCUGUUCAGUUUAUAUGCAGUUAUUAUUAUUAUUAUACAUUUAAAAAUGGAAGCAGCAGCUGUUUCAGUAGUAGACAAGCUAAAAUCCUUUGCAAAAUCGACCCAAGAUUUCGCUAAUGGCAUUUUCAACGGCCGUGAGACUUCUAAUCGCCGCAAUCCGAUUGAGAUCUUGAAGAGAUUGCAGCGAGAAUCUUUUUCAGAUAUUAUGAAGCUAAGAGACAGACAAGAGAAGGUGGAACGAGUGCUUGCUUUCUAUAAAUCUUCCAAAGGAAGUCCAUUCCAAGAAGGUACCACUCAUGUAAGGGGAGAAUUUGAUGCUGUUGGUGCACUGUUGAUGAUCGGUACCAUCGAUGAAUCCAAGCGCAAUGCAAUUGAAAGAGCAAUUAGGACUGGUAUUGAUUCUAGGCUGACUUUUGAAACAGCUCUCCGUGAAAAGGACACACUUGUAGCUGAGUUUGUUGGCAAUGAAAGAGGCCAAAUGAAUAUCCUGGACAGUCCACUUUCUUUAGCAAAAGUUCUUUAUGCAGCAAAUAUUAGUGAUUGGUUCUCCGCGGUUGCCAUUCCAGUUGGUGGUCGAUGUAGAGAUGUUGCGGUACCUACAAAGUCACGUGAGGAAAGGGGAAUGACCGAUUAUUCAUCAUUUGGGCCGCCCUUGCUGAAUCAACUAAAUGGUAGUGCAAUCGCUAUGAUGGUAAAAAAGUCAAAUACUGUUGCCUCCUUGGCUCAGUUUGUCUCUGCAUUGCCACACUCUGGUAGAUAUUGUUUUGGCACUUUUGGUCAAGUUGUUUGCCAACUCUCAAGAAGUACAAAGCUAUCCAUCUUGGGCAUACACAAAGUGGCUAAUCUGUCAAAUCAACAGCUUAGACUCCCAGCUAUGUCAUUGCCUAUUGGCAUUCUACAACGGUCAGGGCAUUCUGAGGCGUCCUUGAAGGAAAACGGUCUCUUAGAUGGGUCAAUCGCUAUGACCCUAGAGUCGGAACUUGAUGAAAGUAUAAGAAUUGGUGGUUGGGUAGAGAUGAAAAGAUCGAAUCCUAAAUAUUUGCAGUGGGCAGUUACCAUGUCUGAUACCUCUGAGGAUGAUUUUGGGUGGGGUUUGAGCCUUGGUGGUUUGCUACAAGGUCCAAGAAAUUGGGACCAUUUUCAGGUUGAAAGCUUUCUAAAUUUUAACUUAGGAAAGAAAUGCAAGAUGCAACCAGGUCUUCUCUAUGUGAUGGAUGGAGCCACUCAGUUUCCUGCACUGAUGUUUCGCACUAGUUGGUCCCUGUGAAGCGCGCAAACUGAUUCGAACAUUUACUGCAUUGAUGUUUCACACUAGUUGGUCCCUGUGAAGCGCACAAGUUGACUCCAACAUUUAAAUAAAAAGAACUAGUUGGUCCUGUGAACAAUCUCAAACAUAAAUACCCU